AAAACUGAUACUCGCGUUUCUAAAUCAUAGGGAAUGCAUUCGGAGAAUUUACUUUGUGUGGUGAAUUUUCGUGAUAGUGAGAAAAUUGCCGCGUGUCCUAACAGCGGCUUUUUCUGACGUCUUUCCCUUCGCUCGAUUGGUUUUACCCGGUUCGCAAGAGCGCAUUCGUCCUACGAUAUCCCAAAUUUGGGACAAUUUGAUUGAUUUGCCCGCCAGGUCUUCCUAGAAACUGUCUGCGUUUUUCAAGGGGUGCUUGAACUGUUCUGGCGUCAGCAGUUACUAUGACUUAAGGGCAGUGGAUUCGCAAGGCUGAAAAGAGCAGAGUUUUAAUCGCGAUAGAAACGGCAGUCACUUACACGCAGAAUAUCAAGGAAUCGUGGAUAGCAUGAACCUUUCGUGUGUGAUGCGCUAACUCGUUUUUGCCGCGCGCCGCUUCCUAAGUUGCGAGUUAUUCGAGAACGGGACAUUUCAUCCGAGACCCACGCAACGUCUGUCGUGUCCUCAACAGAUACUGAACUUGACAAAUAUUUCCGAUAAAGAAAAAGGUUUGUUAUCAAAAACAUAUGCCAUUUAUGAAGGACUGUUUUGGCUGCAUUUGAAAAAUCAUGGAUGAGUCCAAACCAGAGAUGAAUUCCGUUCAUCGGGCUCAUGAUCAGGAAACCCAAACAACUUUUGAUGUGAACCGCAGGGAACCAGCUGAUAAUAGGACUUCCUCUAUUGAGGGCAGAAGACCACAUGGGUAUCCACCAUACAACCACAGGCACACACAGUCAUGGAGUGGGAGCCACCCAUAUCAUGCAGCACCAUAUCCUGAUUACUACCCAUAUGAUAUGCACUACCCACCCCCUCAUCAUCCACCUCCAUCUAUGCCAGCCCCACCUCAUGCAAACCACUAUUACCCUGGACGAGCCCCUCACUGGCACAGUCAUCCUCCAAGUCCUGUGCUACCACCACAUCUAUCUCCCAUUCCUCAUCCCCAUUCACCUUAUCGGCCUUAUCAUUACCAUCACCCAGAUGCAUUUUAUUCAAAUCCCCCGCCGAUGCAUGGAGUUGCACCUUCAUUGAGUGGUUCCCGUGAGAGAAGACAUACUGACUCUGAUAUUGCACGCCCCAAACCUGAAUGGCCCCCUGGUUAUCAGCCUUUUGUAAAACCUGUGAUACCAUCAGACUACUUGGCAAAUCUGCACAGAAAUCCAGCUACUGAGUAUGGAGGGCCACCAUCCACUGCAACAUCUCUGCGGUCCACAGUUAUCGACCUGCCAUCUUCCAGCUUUCCAAGCCCAAGACUAUCAGCAAAACUUAGUCGGAAGCGGGCACACUCCAAUACCCCAUCAUCUGUUGAAUCUAUUGACUUGAAUGCAUUAAUUCGAGGUUCACCAGAUUCCUUAUCAGGGUACCUUGGACCAGCCAGGGUGUCUUCAGCAGGUUCUUUUGGUCACUUGAGUCCGAUUGGUUUUUGCACCUCUCCUGGAUCUCGCCAAGCCAGUUGUUAUCCAGUUGCUAGAACUGUGUUCAUUACACCUCCACCUAUCGCCACUCCUCGAAUACCAACACCAUCUUCCACAAGUCGAGACACACUGCCUAGCUCAACAACAGGGGCUGAAGGAACAAAGGAGGAAAUGCCUGAGAGUGUGAGUUGUGCUGAGUCAUCACAAGUGUCCUGCAUGAAAGAACCACAGAGCACCUCAUGCAAGGAGGAAAGUAUGGAUGUUUGCCCCCUUGACUCUACAACUUCACCUGGUGCUUCAGAAGUGAAGCAGGAAGGCUCAGAUAACGAAGGAGAAGAGAAUCAAGGGGACCAGGAUCAAGAGCGUGAUUUGACUUGCUAUUGGAAGGAAUGUCAAAAGCUGUUUGAAUCACAAGAUGAGCUGGUCAAACAUGUCAACACUGACCACAUCAAGAAAGAUCGUAAGGACUUCACUUGCUAUUGGGAUGGCUGCACCAGAGAGAAGAAACCCUUUAAAGCUCAGUACAUGUUGGUUGUACACAUGCGGCGUCACACAGGGGAGAAGCCACAUAAAUGCACUUAUGAAGGCUGCACCAAGGCUUACUCCAGACUUGAGAAUCUCAAAACUCACCUCCGUUCGCAUACUGGAGAGCGGCCAUAUGUUUGUGAAGUGGAAGGGUGCAAUAAAGCUUUCUCUAAUGCUUCUGACAGAGCCAAGCAUCAAAAUAGGACACAUUCUUCUGUGAAACCUUACGUCUGUAAAGUACCAGGCUGUCCAAAAAGGUACACAGAUCCCAGCUCACUGAGGAAGCAUACAAAAACGGUCCACGGAGAACAAGGAAUUAAGAGGCUGAAAGCAGAAGGCAGUAGAGAAAAGCCACCACCCAACUCGGACAAAAAAGGGAAUGUAUCCUCUGACAGGGGCCAAAGCUCCAAUACAUCUAGCAGUGGUACACAAGCCUCACAUCCAAUGAGCAAUCAUGUUGAAGAACCAAUGUCGCCUGGACAAGAUGGAUCAAGCAGUGCAGGUAGUGUGAUUCAAGCUGGAAGCUGCUCCCAAACAAUUGUAGGCAGUAGCUUUGAUGGGGAUGUUGUGUCUUCAAGCUGUGAAAGAACCCCAGGAGGCCUUGACAUUCCAUCCAACCUGGAGGGUCCAAGAAGUGUGGGCAAUUCCACUUUGGGGAUAUCCCCAAGAAGUCCUCCAUUCGUUAGCCAACUUCCAGAUAUCAUAGAAGGAGACUGGGAGCCUGGAGAGAAUGGUGCUGUGGCUACUGCACAAGAGGUCAGACCACCAGCACCGAGUGUCAACUUUCCCAAAAUUGAUGUUCACAAAAGGGACGUUGCUCAGUGGGUGAGUGAUGUUCACCGCAGAAUGAGCCAAACAUCGCGAAGAUCAAGUGAUGGCAGCCAUUUAUCUGGGGAGCUUGGUGAUGCAAGCAGAAGGUCUAGCCAAGAAAGUGGUUGGUCUUCUUAUGGGAGUCGUAGAUCUAGCCAGGCUAGCCCCUUUCCAACCACAAAUAUUCAACCUCAGGAGGUUAUACCGCAUUAUCCGAAUGGGUGUGCCCCACCUGUACCUACUGGGGUGACUCCUCUUCAUCGCAGACCACGUCUUCAUCCUUUUGAUGGCAGUGAGGACACUCUUCGCCGUACCAGUGAGACAAGUACUUGCAGUAAUCAAAGUGCACCAUACAACAGACUGAGCCGUAAUAGCAGUGGUUAUGGAAGUCAGUCAAACUUGGCAGUUAUUCGAAGUCCCAUUUUCCACAAGAUCCCACCGUCAUCUCAUUUACUACCACAGAGAAAUACUUGCAACCAUGCUGCAAACAGAAGGAAAAGUGACACUGUGAUAUGCGAGGCAGAUAGUUCUGGGAGUUACCUGCCCCAAAAUGGAAAAGGUGAGCAGCGCCGUAGUAGUGAACCAAUCAGGCAGUCAAGAGUACACAUGGGUAGGCUGGAGCCUCUAAAUGGCCCAGUCAACAGACAAGUGACACCAAUGCCAAAUGUAAAUGAAACAGAACUAAUCUGUGGGGCUGUAGAUCCACAAGAGUUUGAUGCAUAUCUAAAUGGACAAGAGCAAGGGCAGUUAGAACCAACCCCUCCAUCACAUCCUCCUUCGGUAUGUCAGGGUAUGUCAGUUCCUCGAUCUCAUCAGACCCAACGAUUGCGGCACUACCCAUAUCCUGAAGAACAAGAGGCAGCUCAGCAACCCCAUCAACCCUGUUUACAGACUGUGCAUCAUCGACCACAGCCAUACCUUGAAAGAAAUUCUCUAGAAGUGCAGUGGCCACAGUCUAGCUACAGAAGUGAACAACUGCUUAAUAUACCAGAUGUCAGUGGUGGCUUCUACCCACCCUCAGAGAAUGCAGCAUAUGGUACUUCAGGUGUGCAGACCCCAGCUCAGAAGACCCAGUGUGACAUGGCAAAUCAUGAAAUAGAUGACAUGGUGUCAGGGAUGGGAUUGCUAUCCACUGAAAAUGGUGGUGUGUCAGAAUUUGUCGGAAAUGGGAAUAUGGUGGUUAACGAUAUGAAUACUUUACUGAACUCUCUACGUGAGGAAGAAAGGUACUUAGAGAUGUGUCAGAACUCAAGAGGUCAAGCAACUGGCAGUGCCAUGUCCAUAUUUUAAGUCUAGAUGUAAGCAGACUGAUCAAUAGUAAGUGUUGUUUUUGUUCAUCAGGUCUGGUUGAACUGGAAAGAAACAGGGUGUAAAUGAAAUGCAGAAGUCCCUUUCUCAUAAUUAGUAAAUUCAUGCUAAUUACUUGUGAUCAUUUCAGAUGUAGUCUGGACAGGAGCCUAAAAUCUGACUAACCCAGCUAAAAAAGAUAGAGUCAGCUGUGCCAGUUCCAACUCUCCCAGUUUUCAGAACUUUUCUGUUUCAUUUAUAGACUGACCAGUCUUACUGGCUAGUUCCUGUAAAUCAAAAGAGCCCUUACUACUUUUUGUUAAUAAAUUAAAAUCUUAGACAAAGAAAAGUGGGAGGGGGAAUUUUGUAGAAAACAUCCCCUCCACUUUGUAAUUAUAAUUAUAGUAGCCUGAGUAUAGAGGUUUUGCACAGCAGCCAUGUUGGAUGGCAGGAAGAGUAGAUUAUUUUACCUAUGGGAAAAAUUUUUCUUUCUUAUGCAAAAUAUUCAUUGUUCCUGCCAUCCAACAUGGCUGCCGUACAAAACUUCUAUUUGGAAAAGAGGCAUUUUUGUGUUACAGAACAAUCAGAUUACGUAAAAUGCAAAAUUUGUUGCUCCAAAAAAAUAGGACAUUUUAAAUGAAAUGUAUUUGUGAUGCAAUAAUUACUAUUUAAGAUAUUACCUUGUACUUAACCCUUUCACUUCCAAGAUUUUAAUACAAAUUCUCUACCCUAUUAGCCAUACAUUUCUUACAAUGUUCACUCUGAGAAUUUGGUCUUGAAAUCAAGGCAUCAAGUAUUUUCUUAUCAGGAUAAAUUUCCUUUUAGUGUCUCCAGAGAAAAGAAUGAUUGAAUUGAAGUUGACUGACCAUGAGGUAAAAAUUGUACUUUCCAAUUUUCGCUAACAAUCAUUAAACACAUUGGUGUCAAACCUGUUAUCAGUCCUUUACACUCCAACAUCAGUAUGCAUAUUCUCCAAACUGUUCUCUAUGCAUUUCUUAGGGUGCUGACAAAGAGAAUUUGUAUAAUGAUCAGUGGUUAUUUAGUUGGUGAUGAUUUCCUUUACUCACAUGAUCGUAACAUGUAAUUCAGGGAUGACAUUGUAGGUUACAGGGUUAAUUGCUUAAGCUUAAUUUUCUGGCAAUGAAACAAAGAUUUCAGUCUCACAUUCAUGACAUGAGGUAAAUUUAAUUGCCUUCAAAAUUUUAUUUGUAGUUACAGUGCUGCAGGAACCCACUUGUGGGGGUGACAAUCAAAUGCUUUGGCAACAAAUACACGUACAUUUUGUAUCAUUACACACAGUUGUAAAUUGAGCUUAAGGCAGUGAAUGUUAAAUUCCCCAACAGCAAACAACGCAAUCUUGUAAGAUACUUAACGUGUGUACAGCAUCAGGAGUGAAAUGCAACAAAGACAGUUUUUAUGAAUGUACUUGUCUUAGUUUUAACUUCUACUUUUGUCAUAAAGUCAUAAAAAUUUACCAGCCA